AUGUCUUCAUUGUCUGAGUCAAACCCAAUGAGGAUUGUGCUGCUGGGGAAAACAGGAUUGGGCAAAAGCAGUGCAGGAAACACCAUCUUUGGAGGAGGAGAUGAAGAGUUCAAGAUAGACAGUUCAGCCAAGUCUGAGACGCACAAGUGUGAAGCAAAGACCAAGAUCAUCAAUGGAAGAAAAAUCACUGUAGUAGACACACCUGGACUCUUUGACACAGUCGUCCCUGAAAAGAAGCUGACACCUGAACUAGUGAAAUGUAUUGUUGAGUGUGCUCCGGGGCCACAUGCCUUUCUUGUUGUGCUUAGAGUGGACAGGUACACAGACCAGGAGGAGCAAGUCAUCACAAAAAUUGAGGACUGUUUUUCACCAGAGGCCUUCAAAUAUGCCACAGUUCUGUUCACUCAUGGUUACCAGCUCAAAGGUAGAGUCAUUGACGAUUUUGUGAAAACAAAUAAGAAAUUGAGUGAGUUUGUUGAGAAAUGUGGUGGCCGCUGUCAUGUCAUUGAUAAUGAAUUCUGGAACACCAGUCAGCAGGGUCAGUACAUGAACAACCAGUACCAAGUAGCAGAGUUACUCAGCACCAUAGAGAAGAUGGUGAGAGAGAAUGGAGGAGGGUUCUACACCAAUGAGUUGCUCCAAGCAGUGGAGGGAGAAAUAAAAGUAGAGAUAGAAAGUCUUACAGAGUCAAAUGGCCAGAUGUGCCCGGAAGAGAUCAAUAAACAGGCCAAGGUAAAUGUAUACAAGAAACUCCUGAUCAAAUUGAUAGGGAUAGCAACAGGUACGAUAGUGGGAGCUCUCCUUGGGGUUGCAGUGGCAGUAACAUUAGUGCUCUUAGUUCUUAGUGACAUACCACAGGCAACUCCAUUUGUGACAGGAGGACUAGGAACAGUAAUAACAGGAAGCGUCGGUGGAGGAAUUGUUGCUGCAGGAGCAAUAGGAGGGGGGAUGAUAGGAGCUGCUGCAGCAGAGGAUGCAGAGACAUCAGGAGAGGCAGUAGAGAAAGCAGCUGAGGCAGUAUGGGAAGUGGGUAAAGGUAUUUUGGACAGUGUAAGAGGUGUGUCAGAGGGGUACAGCAAACUGAGUUUGAGUGAAGAAAAGAAGUAG